UGGAACGAUCUAGUUACGCGAGCCGCGUGAUGAGCAGUUCGUAUCAUCGUGAUGGCUCCGCUACUUUUCGCUCGUGACAACUUUAACAUGGUCCUCAAGCUGAUCUUCUUGCUGUUUGUGUUCGCAGUUUUUGCCGAAGGAGUCGUUGUUGACGUUCGCCAAGACGACGACGAUAUCCCACCUGGAAAGACGAAGUUGCUCGUUGACACAACAGCCUCUAGCACUACCCCGAUGACGAUCACUGCUGAGCCGGAUUCAUGUAAUUGCGAUCAUCGUUGCACACCACGGGGAGAUGUAGACCGAUCAAAAAAAAAUACAGUCGAGAAAGAAAAGCAGAUUGACGUUCGAACGAGUGGGGAUGUUCAAAUCUGCGCACGAAAUCAACAGAAACUUGGUUUGGCUGAUCGGACUUUUGCUAGUUUGUGCCACAUGAUGUGUUACAACACAUGUACGAAGUACGCAGUGAGAAAGGCGACAAUUUGGGACGACACAGAGCUUACUAUUGUUGUCGCUCAGCGUGAAAAUUACUAUAAAGUACGAGAUGGCUCGUGUUAAUUUGUUCAGAUAUAUGUAUCUGCACCAAAACCACGUUAUGCCUCGUAGUCACGCUCAUGCAGUCAAUCUUAACAACAAAGCCGUAUUGUCAAGUAAUGAAACUGUAAGUCCUGCAACGAACGUCAAAAUAAAAGGGAAUUCUUCCCCCAUUAACAUCUCA